AACACCUCCACUUGCCGACAGGGGAACAACUGCGAGCAGAGCCUACGCUGUGGACGACUAUAGGUAUUGACGUAAAAGCAUGUGACAUUACAUCUGCCACCAACCAUCAAACGCUAAUUGUCAACUCGUCGAUUCAAAGGUUAGUUCCCUCGGAUAACGCUAGGCGUCGCUAAUCAGAGUGAAUCGCGCUGACGCUGCUGCACCGACGUCCGUUUCGUCGCCGCGGCGUGACGCUGCUAGCGACACCUAGUGGCAGCACGCAAUAACUCCGUCGACGACGUUUAUCGACCUCCGGGUCGACGGGGACAGAAUCACGUGGCGCCGAGUGCGUUAUCACGUGACUAGGUGAGUUCGCCAUCACGUGUUCCCGUCACCGACGACGCGCGCACGCGAUGCGACGCCCGCUGUUUCCGGUGACGACACUGCUUCUUGUCGUCGCCGUCGCGUCGGCGGCAGCCUGCCCCGACGACUGCACGUGCUCGUUCAUUGCGAGCAGCCGCGGCACCAGGGGGCGCCCCGAGAUGAGGGUCGCGUGCAAGGGCCUGAGCAGUCUACCGCAGGCAAUCGACUAUCCGACCGAGACGUCGACGGUGGUCAUCCGCGAGAGUCGGCUGACCGGCAUCCCGACGGACGCGUUCAAGGGCGUGCCGUACCUGACGCGGGUGGAGAUACACAACAGCAGCGUGGCAGCUGUCGGCGCGUUCGCCUUUCGAGGCUUGGAUCGCCUCAGUCAUCUCAUCAUACGGAACAAUGCAAUCCAAGUUCUACAGUCGAACUCCAUGGGCGACAUAAAAGGAUUUCGCAACAAAAAGAUUAUCAUCGACCUGGAACAUAACGCCAUUCAGGUCAUCGAGGGACACGCCUUCAACGGCACGAGCUUCGUUAGCUCGCUGCUGCUCUCUAACGGUAACCCCAUCGUCACGCUGCGCACCGACGCAUUCUCGGGUCUUCAAUACGUCAAUUUGCUCGAGCUGCAUCUGCCGCACCUGCUCAGCAUCGAGCCGUACGCCUUCCGCGGUCUCUGGAACGUGACGCGGCUGACGCUCUCGGGUUUUAGCGUCGCCCAGCUGCCGGCGCACGCCUUCUCGGGACUCGAGUCCGUGCGGACGUUCGUCAUGAGCAACGUUACUGUCGACGCGAUCGAGAGUCGAGCCUUCGAGGACGUGUACGGCUUCACGAAUCUGAAGAUCGCCAACGCGUCGAUCGGCGCGAUCCGCACGGACGCGUUCCACGGCGCGCGCGAGACGAUGAACUUCGUCAUCACGAUGUCACACAUCGGUCUCAUCGAGACGUACGCCUUCCACGGCAUGGACGACGUGUACCUGUACCAGAUCUACAACAACGACAUCGACGCCAUCGAGCAACGCGCCAUCGUCGGCGUGCGCUUCUACACGUUCUUCUACAACAACAGACUCGACUGCGGCUGCGGCGUCUACCCGCUGUUCGAGGAACACAUGAUCGAAGCAAACGUUCCUAUCGUUGAGAACAAUCGCUGUCAAGAGCCAAAGGAGAUCGUGGAUGUGGAUGCAUCAGGAGCGUCGAGUCUGCGCAAGAGCGACAGGAUCGGUGAGAUUGUCAACGGACCGGCAUUAAUUCUGCAGUGUGCGCCAUCCACGGCUCCCGUCCGCACUGUCUCCGGCCUUCUUACGGCCCUGGUGGUAGUGGGCAGCAUGAUUGUUCUCAUUUAAACAGCAGCAAUUGAAGCCUUUCGACUGGCAUAAACCUUAAUUAUAACAAAAGUUAAUAAAACAAUAUUAAGUACUAUAACAGUAUUAUAAGCUCUUAAAUAUAGCCAUAAUGCGUUUUAUAAAAAGCGAGUGGCGCUUAAAAGCGACAUGCUAAUAUACGUGCGUAUGCUUACAUUGUUUAGCAAACUAUAUGCUAAUAUGGCUAUUAUAUCAGGAGUGAAUAAAACCAAGUUUCGUUGACUCCUGAUUAUAUAUAAGUACGUCUGGCUGCAAGUUAUUAGCAGUUAGCGAAAAUCCUUUGUAAGAAGUGAGUUAUUGCUCGCUUCAGAUUCGCUUUCGAUGCAAGUAUAUAAUGCAGUGUAUAAUAAUAUAGCACAUGUAUAACAUACAUGCAUUGCCUCUAAAAUAGCUUUGCACGAGCUGUUCGGUAACGGCUUGCAUUUAUUAAAUUUCAUCUGAUUUCAUAGAAAAUAUGACGAUGCUGCUCGCGUGUUGGAAGCUUUUAGAUUAACCUCUCCGCUCACUGUCGUAUUUGUGAUCAUCGCGUGGCGUAAGUGAAAUAAAAUUUCGAACGUUUGGUAAAUGAAA